AUGGCUUCCCACCCGCGCGUGAGGCGCAACGGCUCCCCAACGCCCGCCGCCGCCGCCGCCUCCCUGGGGGGAGGGGGAGUCGCGGCGGCGGCGCCAGGCGGGGCGGCGGCGGCGGCGGGCAACAGCGGCGGCCGCCUCCAGCCGAUGCGGGCCACGGUGCCUUUCCAGCUCAAGCAGCACGGCAGCCCCACCCGGAACGGCGGGGGAGGAGGAGGAGGAGGAGGCGUCCCUCGGGCGGCGGCGACGGCGGCGCCUCCCCCUCCCUCGCGCGCCGCCAGCCCCACGCGCCCGGCGCCGGGCAACGGCAGCGGCCCCGCCGUCGCCACGCAGACGCCGGCCGGGUCGGCCUCGGCCUCCUCCUCGUCGCCGUCUGCGGCCCGCGGCAGCCCCACGCGGGCGGCGGGGUCGCCUCGGGGCCCCCAGCUGCCGCCGCCGCCCCCGCCGCCGCCCCCCCUGGCGGCCUCCAGCCCCUCGCCCUGCUCCUCGCCCGUCUCGCCGCCCCUGCCCGAGGGCAGCGCCUGCGCCCCGGCCCCCUCGGGGGGCAGGACCCGGCACCGCCAGAGGCGGCGCUCCCCGGAGCAGAGCAGGGCCUCCCCCGAGCGGAAGAGCCCCGCCUCCCCCGGCUGCAAAGUUGAUAAACCGCGGCCGCCAUCCUCCAGCCCUUCCACUGUUUCUCGCCGCACACCUUCUCUAGACAUAUUAGCUGCUCCAUACCUUGCUGGACAAUGGCCUCGUGAGAAUCACGGACAAGCGGCACCUUGCAUGAGAGACAAGGCGACACAGACUGAGAGUGCUUGGGCUGAAGAGUAUUUGGAAAAGAAGAAAGGCUCUCAUAAGCGUUCAGCAUCUUGGGGCAGCACAGACCAACUCAAGGAGAUUGCCAAGCUACGGCAGCAGCUGCAGAGGAGCAAGCACAGCAGCAGGCACCACCGCGAGAAAGAGCGGCAGUCUCCAUUCCAUGGCAAUCACGCAGCCAUUAACCAAUGCCAGGCCCCCGUCCCAAAGAGUGUACUAGUCCCUGUGAUACCAAUUGCCAAGUCAACAGGCUCACGUUUCCGCAACAGCAUAGAGGGACUUAAUCAAGAGAUUGAAAUAAUCAUAAAGGAGACGGGAGAGAAGGAGGAACAGUUAAUCCCGCAGGAUAUUCCAGAUGGGCAUCGAGCUCCUCCGCCUCUGGUGCAGCGCAGCAGCAGCACUCGAAGCAUCGACACCCAGACUCCCGGAGGAGCGGAGAAGGGCAGUAACAACAGCAGCCGGUCCCAGUCCGUGUCCCCCAGCUCUUUCCUGGCCAUCUCCAACGAGGGCAGCGAGGAGAGCCCGUGCUCUGCCGAUGACCUGCUUGCAGAUUCCAGAGAUAAAGAGAAUGGAAACAACUCCCCGCUGCCCAAAUACGCCACGUCGCCAAAACCCAACAAUAGCUACAUGUUCAAACGUGAACCUCCCGAGGGCUGCGAGAAGGUGAAAGUGUUUGAGGAAAGCUUGCCAAAACCCUUACAUGAAAUUCCACCUUUUUACUGUCCCGACAAGAACAAAGUCAACUUUAUUCCGAAAAGCGGUUCUGCUUUCUGCCUGGUCAGCAUCCUCAAACCCCUUCUUCCCACCCAAGAUCUUACUCUCAAGGGUGCUAGUCAUAAUCUGACCGUCACAUCUGGGAUGACGCCCGCUUUGCUGCAGCCAAUUGCUAUGGCUUCCCUGUCUGCUGGUGCAGACCAAGACCGGCUUUCUCGUGGCCCAAGUAAAAUCAUACCGCAGAUGUCCGUGUUCCAGCCGUCAGGACAUAGUGAAGAAGCUGAAGGAUAACUUGCGG